AACUAGGGCUGAGUCUCCCCCCCCCUUCUCCCCUAUACACCGUGGACCACCCGCGGGUUCCUUAUGCGCACUGGGAAAUCUGAGGAGCUCGUGGGUCCACGUUCCCGCCGCAGCUGGAGAGAUGGAGAUCGUGGCGGGGUGUUACGAGAAAGUUCUCUUCGGCUAUCGAGUGAAGGUUAACGACGAUGGCAGCUGGGAGGCCGUGGCGGACUUCACGCAUCAGGCGCACCUGGCGUGCCUGACCGCCGUGGCAGCCAGCGACCGCUUCGUGGCGACGGGCAGCGCCGACGAAGCGGUGCACCUGUACGACCUGCAGAAGAGGGUGGAGCACGGGGCGCUUCUGCAGCACAGCGGCACCAUCACGUGCCUGGAGUUCUACGGGAGCACGCACAUGCUGAGCGGUGCGCAGGAUGGAAGCAUCUGCAUUUGGGACACCAAGACGUGGAAGUGCCUGAAGACCAUACGGGCCCACAAGGGACAUGUUUCGGCAAUGUCUGUCCAUCCGUCAGGGAGGCUGGCACUCUCUGUGGGCACGGACAAGACUCUGAGGACAUGGAACUUGGUUGAAGGAAGGUCAGCCUUCAUCAAGAACAUCAAGCGGAACGCUGAGCUGGUGCUGUGGUCCCCCAGCGGGGACGUGUACACCCUGUGCUCGGGCCCCCACCUCGACGUGUACCGGCUGGCGACUGCGACCAUCACGGGCAGCAUCCUGAUGCCUGCACGCAUCGCCUCCAUCCGCUUCGUCACCGAGGACCUGAUAGCGACGGCGGGUGGCGACGAGUUCGUCCGACUGCACAGCGUGGAGGCCCUGAAGGAGGUGUGCACGUUCAAGGCGCACGAGAGCAGAGUGAAGGCGCUGUACACGGAGAAACACAACGGCCAGCACGUGUUGGCGUCCGCGUCCAGCGAUGGCAGCGUGAAGCUGUGGCGACUGCUGCCCGAAUCGCCUGAGCAGCCCCCCGAGAUGCUGCUAGAAGUGAACACGACGGCUCGCCUCACCUGCCUCGCCGUCUGGAGACCGCAGGAAGUGGCGUCGCAGCCCCAGGCCAAGCGCAAGCAAAGACCACGGGCGGAGGUGGCCGGCGACGAGGCCAAGAAGAGGCGCGAGCGCACGGCGGUGGGCAACGCGCGAGGAGGCGCCUCCGCCGAAGCCUCCGGGAAAACUCCCGCAGCUGGCGCGCAAGCCAGGGACGCGAGGCUCGCGCUCAAGCGGUCGCGCCCCGAGAAGCCGUCGCCCGGCAAAGCCACCGGCAAGAAAGGGAACAGGAAAAGAAAGAAGCGGCAAAGUCUGGAGUAGAGAUGGCGGGACGGGGAAGUGGUGCGAUAUGUAGAUUGUUUUUUUUUGUUUUUAACUGCCGUGAGUGUUACCCUCGGCAAAAUACAAUUGUGCUGGCGGAUGCGUUGGCAGCCCGUGAGCUUUGUGCGCGUGACAAACCCCUGGCGCGUUACCAUUGCGGGGGCCCAUUGGUCUCGAGCGCUCGCUUUAUAGACACGCUGUGCCAGUGAAUUCGCUUUUUUUAUCCCAAUUAAAAUUGAACCGGAUGGAUUGUUAACGUUUAAUGCAGUGUUCUCUGCAUUUCAAAAAAAAAAAAAACGAAUCAUAAUCGGUUGCACGCAAUCGUUCUUAAAACCAAUUGUUUUUGCUCAUUAACUUAAAAGCUACAAAGUAUAUAAAUACUAUAAUACCGUGCCGGACUGUUGGUGUGUGUUGUUUUGUAUUAUCCUCAUAACACCGAAGGAAUUUGUAAGCCCUAGGAAUUGUGCAAAUGCUCGAUGUAACUGUGCCACCCACUGCGGGUUGAGGCCGUCCCCACGUAGUAUGGGCCAUGGGGUUUUCUGACCAUACUUCAUGUGGUCAGUGUGGGUCGGUGAAGCCAAGGGAUUGUUACGGUACAACAAUCGACGUUGCUGUGCUGCCGUCUGUGGACAACAUAACCCAGCGACAGCAGCAGCAGCAGCAGCCUGCAAUAUUGCACACAAUCGUGCCCAUCGGGCAAAAUACCUGCUUAACAUCCCCCAAGUCUUGAUGAAAUCGGGCACAUUUUGGGUGAUUAUAUAAUGGACAACUGAAAUUGCUUGUAACAUUGCCUUCUAUUUUCACUCUCUCAAAAUGAUGAUGUGGGAAAGAAAAUAAAUGGGCAUCUAUUAUAAUUUAAGAAUGCAAUGUUUAAAAUCUCUUCAGCAGUACGUGUCCUGUGCAUGAUUUAUUUUUAGGAUAUAUUUGUUUUAAACACUGGUCCUUCCACGGAUUACGCCUGGCUGCAGCGUUGCCAUAUACAUAGCAGCAACGUUUAUUGCAGCUGCAGUGGAUCGUGCUCUGGUUGAUGUAACAAAACUCCUUAAAAAAAGUUUUUUU